UGCGCGUCCCCGGCAGGCUCUCAGCCCCGGGGUGGCGUGGGCUGUGGUUGCAGCAGCGGCGGGUCCCUGUGGCCAGAGACCGGAACCUGGUGUCGCCUCCUGGGGCGCGGGACGAGCGGCGCUGACCGAGCUGGGGGUGGCCGGCGCGCGUCCCUCCCCGCGAUUUGGCGCAGGGGGCCGACAACUGCUGAGACUUUUGAGAUCCGAUUCCUCCUCUCGGCGGGCUCCCAACGCGCCCGCCCGGGGAGAGGCCGGCGUGACUCGCAGGCCCCGGGGACCGGCUCGCUGUGCGGCUCAGCCACUUGGAACGUGUCAGAGCGCCCGCAGCGCGGGGCGCGCUGGUGAGUUGGGCGCGGGGUGGGGUGUCCCCGCUUCCCCGCGGCUGAGGGUUGGAGUGGACGUGUUUCUGGGCUCUGCCGCCCGCCCACUAGGGCUGCCCCCACUUUGAGAGUCAUCUGGACUUGAGCGUGACUGCGGGGCGGUGGGUAUAUGGGCGCAGUCUCUGCUCAACGUGAUGGAGCGGGUCGCUGAGCGGAACAAAGGCGUCCGCCCGAGGGACGGGAUCCUUGGCUGAAGGCCCCCGGCCGCGUGCCGUGACGGUCGCCUGCCCACUGGGGUGGCGGCUGUGCAGACUGAGGCGUGGCUUGAACCUUGACACUGCCACCUGCGUGCAGCACCGGGCCGGCCCCCUGCCGACUGCCACAUCCCGGUGUCCGCUGCGCUAGCAGCCUCGCGCCAGGAGGCUGAGGGCCCCCCUCGACACCCUUGGGGUUUCAGAGCACAGAACCCUCGUCUAGAAGCCGGGGCUCCUGGAAGGGGCCUCGUGCUGUGGACCGAACGGGCAUCUCAGGGGACACUCCUGCGGAUCCAGGGGUUCCCGAGUGAGAACUGCAGCACCUCCUCCACCCCCGGCCCGCCCAGUCCUCCUGGCUGUGGCCGCCGCUGGAUCGGCCCGCAGCUGCCCCGCGCCUCGCUGGAGCCCUAGGGGCGCGGGUCCGGGGCCAGGGCCAGGGCCAGGGCCGGCCGUGAGUGUUUGAUGGCUUCACUGAGAAGAGUCAAAGUGCUGCUGGUGUUGAACUUGAUCGCGGUGGCCGGCUUCGUGAUAUUCCUGGCCAAGUGCCGGCCCAUCGCUGUGCGCAGCGGGGACGCUUUCCAUGAGCUCCGGCCCCGCGCAGAGGCCGCCAACCUCAGCGCACACAGCGCCAGCCCCCUCCAGGACGCUGUCCUGAAGCGCCUGUCGCUGCUGGAGGACAUCGUUUACCGCCAGCUGAAUGGAUUAUCCAAGUCCCUGGGGCUUAUUGAAGGUUAUGGAGGGCGUGGCAAAGGGGGCCUUCCUGCUACCCUGUCCCCUGUGGAGGAAGAAAAAGCCAAGGGUCCCCAUGAAAAGUAUGGCUACAACUCCUACCUCAGUGAAAAAAUCUCACUGGAUCGCUCCAUUCCAGAUUAUCGUCCCACCAAGUGUAAGGAGCUGAAGUACUCCAAGGAGCUUCCCCAGAUCUCCAUCAUCUUCAUCUUUGUCAAUGAGGCCCUGUCAGUCAUCCUGCGCUCGGUCCACAGUGCUGUCAACCACACGCCCACACACCUGCUGAAGGAGAUCAUCCUGGUGGAUGACAACAGUGAUGAAGAGGAGCUGAAAGCCCCACUAGAGGAAUAUGUCCACAAGCGCUACCCUGGGCUGGUGAAAGUUGUCCGCAACCAGAAGCGCGAGGGGCUGAUCCGAGCCCGCAUCGAGGGAUGGAAGGCAGCCACUGGCCAGGUCACUGGCUUCUUCGAUGCCCAUGUGGAGUUCACCGCUGGCUGGGCUGAGCCAGUCCUGUCUCGGAUUCAAGAGAACCGGAAGCGUGUCAUCCUGCCAUCCAUCGACAACAUCAAGCAGGACACAUUUGAGGUGCAACGCUAUGAGAACUCGGCCCACGGUUACAGCUGGGAGCUGUGGUGCAUGUACAUCAGUCCCCCGAAGGACUGGUGGGACGCCGGGGACCCUUCUCUGCCCAUCAGGACACCAGCAAUGAUUGGCUGCUCCUUUGUGGUCAAUCGGAAGUUCUUUGGUGAAAUUGGUCUUCUGGACCCUGGAAUGGAUGUCUACGGAGGAGAAAAUAUUGAACUUGGAAUCAAGGUAUGGCUCUGUGGGGGCAGCAUGGAGGUCCUGCCUUGCUCAAGGGUGGCCCACAUCGAGCGGAAGAAGAAGCCUUACAAUAGCAACAUUGGCUUCUACACCAAGAGGAAUGCCCUCCGGGUCGCUGAAGUUUGGAUGGAUGAUUACAAGUCUCAUGUGUACAUAGCAUGGAACCUGCCACUGGAGAAUCCAGGAAUUGACAUAGGUGAUGUCUCCGAAAGAAGAGCAUUAAGGAAAAGUUUAAAGUGUAAGAACUUCCAGUGGUACCUGGACCAUGUUUACCCAGAAAUGAGAAGAUACAAUAACACCAUUGCAUAUGGGGAGCUUCGUAACAAUAAGGCAAAAGAUGUGUGUUUGGACCAGGGACCACUGGAGAACCACACAGCAAUACUGUAUCCAUGUCAUGGCUGGGGACCACAGCUUGCACGCUACACCAAGGAAGGCUUUUUGCACCUGGGGGCCCUGGGGACUACUACACUCCUUCCAGACACCCGCUGCUUGGUGGACAACUCUAAAAGUCGGCUGCCCCAGCUGAUUGACUGUGACAAGGUCAAGAGCAGCCUGUACAAGCGCUGGAACUUCAUCCAGAAUGGUGCCAUCAUGAACAAGGGCACAGGACGUUGCCUGGAGGUGGAGAACCGAGGCCUCGCAGGCAUUGACCUCAUCCUCCGAAGCUGCACAGGGCAGAGGUGGACCAUUAAGAACUCCAUCAAGUAGGAGCAGAGUCUGUGAGCCCAGCCCCCAGCUUCCCAGACUGGCUCUGCUGCUCCACAGACAGACAAGCCACACUGGUGGAGGUCAGGGAGGGAGCUUCUCAGGUGGCAUGGAUGCCUCAGAGGGAGCCUCUGCAUCCCCCCUCAGACAACAUGAGGCUCAGGUGCCCUGAACAGCUCUUCUCAGUACAUUUGGGGCAGUGGAUGUCUUCUGCAACCAUCUGGGAACCUGGAACUGAGGGGUGAGACAUCCAUCCCUCCUCACAGCCAUCAGGACUGCCACCAGCAGGGCCUCUGUCUCUUUUGGGUCUCUGCCUCUUUCUUAUCCCUGCAAUAGUAGCUUUGGAAUUCCACUCCAGCCCACAACAAACAUCAAGGCAUUGGUUAUACCUUGGGUCCACUCUUCAGAGGAGGCAGUGGGACUCAGUUUCCCUCAAGAUUACUUCUGCUCAGAUGCCCAGUGACAGCUGCCACUCCUGAACUUCUCUAUAAGGUGGCUUUUGGGGCUUUUGGUGUGGACCCACCAGAGCUGAUAUGGAGGGUGUAGGAGGCCCCUACCUGGAUGUUCAGUUCCUCUGUGCUUGGGAGCCACUCCUAUGAGGGAGAUGAAUGGAAGGACCAUCUGGGCACCCAGCGUAGGGGGCCUCUCAUAUUUGAGGCCUCUAAGCUGGGAACUAUGUGGUGUAGCAUGUGUCAGGGGAGCCCUAGCUCCUAGAGGCUGCACAUUGGGAACAACCAGGGAUCCUCCCUGCAACAUGAGGAUGGCCCACAAGGUAUCAAGCUAGGACCUGCAGAGGCACUACAUACUCAUCUGUGUCCCUUUGGGAUCUACUGGCUGCAGGAAGAGGAGCAGCCAAUUCCUCUCUAAAGAGCAAUGUUAUCCCCCCCUCUUCCAUUGCCCUCUGGUUAGGGUGCACUUGUAAAUCAGAGUUAAUAUAUGAACACAUGUGCAUGCAAUUGAGCCUGUGUGCCUAGGGUGUGUGUGUGUGUGUGUGUGUGUGUGUGAGAGAGAGAGAGAGAGAGAGAGAGAGAGAGAGAUGGGGCAUGUGUGACUGUGUGCAUGCAUGUGUGGUACACAGUUAUGUGUGCCUGUGCAUGUACAUUCUCAUCGUGUGAGUGCAGCCCCAUGCAUGAGUGUGUGAGCCUGACUGCAAUGGAGCAGACAGAGACAUAUGACUUUGAACUUGCCACCUUGUUGCUUUCCUGAACCAGGCCAAGGCUGUUAAGAAGGCUGAAAGCUCAGCUAUUCAUUGCUAACCAAGACAACAUGUUCUGCAUGAUGGCGCCCCAGGAAAAGGCUAACCCUCCUGCCACUUGACAUCUCUCUCCUGCUUCUGCCAGUCAAGCCCUGCCCAAAAUACAGCACUAUAGAGUUGCCCAACUGCCUGACUGGAGGUUCACUGUCUCAUUUGGUGGCAUCUUAUUCACAAUCAUCCAAUCUUCUUUCUUGUGAAAUAAAUACAUGCAAGCUCUUUCCA